AUUGAGACUUGGGAAUAAUGGCUUUGAAACUGAAGAGUGUUUAUGUGAAGGAAAGGGGGUUGGGCUCUUUGGAAACACAGGAGUUAGAGAAAGAUGAGACUGAAGGGCUGUUGAGGAAAGAUGAUAAGGGAGAGGUCAGUGCUAAAGUAUGGAUGACCUUGUCCCUUCUUGUUGGCUUCUUCUAUGCAGUUGGAAACAUUUGUAUGUCUUAUUUAGCAAGAUUUGGGAUAAUGGUGGCUGGUAUACAAGGAAUAGGAGGUUUAUUUGGCAACCUAAUUCCAUUGAUUAUUCUCUCUGUUCAUAUUAGACAUAAGAAGACCCCUUUGAGAUCAGAUUCUGUUGAUAUCAUUCAGAAUCCAUGGUACAAGUGGUUUCAUGAUAUUUACUUUGUAAGAGAGCAAGAUGAACAAGGUAGAAUAAUUGAAAAUAAAUGGAAAAACAAGGUUCGCUGGGACAGAAUCUUUACUACAUUUAUAAUCACGCUCAUAACAGUGAUUUAUAUUAUGCUAUUCUUCAUGUCUUAUUAUCUGGGUACUAUUGGGAAUAUUAACAGUGGAAUUCUUAAUGCCUUAUCAAUAUCCAGAGCUAUUGUGACAUCUAUAAUGUUCUACUUUAUGUUUCAACAAGCACUGGAAUGGUACGAAACUCUUUGUGUUCUUUUGAUGACAGUUUCAGUAGUUACUAUUGUGGUUUCAGGAGAUAAUAUUCAAGUAACAGCAGGGAGAACUGCCCAGUUCUACGUUGCUCUCAGCUGAAUUUUACUAGUAAUCUCUUUAUCACUUCUCUCGGUGAGAGCGGCAGUUUUGAAGUAUAUGUUCGGGGCCUCGAAGGAGGUCAACUUUUCAGCCCUGUUUAAUUUUGCCAAUGUUGUAAUGGAAGUAGGGUUUUGAGUGUAUUUUGGAGUGUUGCUUUAUUGGGGAUGGCUUGAAGGACUUGGAUUUACUUGGUUUGAACUUGGAGUUGGGAUUUUUGGAGGGUUGCUGUAUAGUCUUAGUAAUUAUAUUGUGGCUUACGUGAACGUCAGAGGCAAAGCAGGAGUGGCUGACUGAUUAAUAGAAAUCAAAACCAUACUUCAGACAAUAAUGGAUGUCAUCAUUUUCGGAAGAUUUCCAAAUUUGAUGCAGCACAUUGGCUUAACACUAGGCCUGCUCUCAGUAGUAUUUCUACUUCUCUUUGCACAUCUCAAAUCAAAGAAAACUUCAUUAUCCAAAAACUAUUAAGCUUAUAAUCAAACCAAAUAUUGACUCCUUAACACAGAGAAAACUAUAAUUUCAACCC